CUCCCGCUGGUUCUCGGCAAACGGCCGCAGGUGAAAGUCUCGCCGCGGGGAGCGGACAGCCGAGUUGCUCCAUGUGCGUUUUGUCCAGGCGGGGGUGGCGCGCACGCGCACGCAAAGAGGAUCAGCGUAGGUGAGGCUUAGCUUCGCGAGCGGACCUGCUGAGGGCCACGAGGAUGGGGGAGGGCACGGGCGGACCAUCUGGAGUCCAGAUCGGGGACGGCGAGCGGCUCCCCAUGGACGGCGGCGCGGAGCUGGACGUGCUGAUCUACCCCGACGAGGUGCGGGCGGCCACCCCCGAGGACCUCCGCCAGUGGGAGCUGGAGACGGCCAGCCGCAAUUGGGACGAGCCCCGGCUCUUCGUGGCGCUCUACCCGUACAACCCCGCCGCCAUGUCGCCCAACCCGGACACGGCGGCGGAGGAGCUGCCCUUCGUGCCGGGCCAGAUCAUCAAGGUAUUUGGAGACAAGGACUGGGACGGCUUUUAUCGCGGCGAAUCGGGCGGCCUGUCAGGUUACGUCGCCAGUAACCUGGUGGCCGAAGUGCCCGUGGACGACGGCUACCUCAAGCACUUGCUCAUGCGGCAGGGAUUCAUCCCCGUCGACCAAACAGGACUGUCUUGGAGUGUGGACACGGCCGACGCCUCCGACGUUCCCGAAGACGCCGUCGUCCGUCGCAUGGUGGCCUUGUUCGACUACGACCCGUGGGAAAGUUCGCCCAACGUCGACAGCGAUGCCGAACUGGGCUUUCGUUCGGGUGACAUCAUCUACGUGCUCGGCGAUAUGGAUCCCGACGGCUUCUACUAUGGCGAUCUGCAAGGGCGGCGAGGCUUGGUGCCGUCCAACUUUCUGCAGCCACUACCGUGGGAUUAGAAGAGGAAUUAUUGUCCUCCUGUGCUACGUCAGCGUCCAUACCUGACAUUAUCCUACAUGGCUCGGGGGGG